AUGGACCAAGUGUUCGCCACCACCGAUUACAUCGACUACAGCGUGUCCGAGCCCUGCCUGAAAACCGACGUGAGGCAGGUGGCCGCUGGGCUGCUGCCCCCCCUCUACGCACUGGUGUUCAUCUUCGGGUUCGUGGGCAACCUGCUGGUCGUCCUCAUCCUGGUCAAAUGCAAAAAGCUGAAGAGCAUGACUGACAUCUACCUGCUCAACCUGGCCCUCUCCGACCUGCUCUUCCUCCUCACCCUCCCCUUCUGGGCUCACUACGCAGCCGGCCAGUGGGUCUUCGGGAACACCAUGUGCCGGCUCCUGACGGGCCUCUAUUUCAUCGGCUUCUUCUCCGGAAUCUUCUUCAUCAUCCUCUUGACCGUUGACAGGUACCUGGCGAUCGUCCACGCGGUGUUUGCUUUAAAAGCCAGGACCGUCACGUUUGGGGUGGUGACCAGUGGGGUCACCUGGGUGGUGGCCGUGUUCGCCUCUCUCCCAGGAAUCAUCUUCACCCGAUCCCAACAAGAGGGUGCUCGCUGCACAUGCAGCCCUCACUACCCCACCAGCCAGUAUCAUUUCUGGAAGAACUUCCAGACCUUGAAGAUGGUGCUCCUGGGCCUGGUCCUGCCCCUGCUGGUCAUGGUCGUCUGCUACUCGGGAAUCCUGAAGACCCUGCUGCGCUGUCGCAACGAGAAGAAGAGGCACAAGGCCGUGCGGCUCAUCUUCGUGAUCAUGAUCGUCUACUUCCUUUUCUGGGCCCCCUACAACCUCGUCCUGCUCCUGAACACCUUCCAGGAGUUCUUCGGCCUCAACAACUGCAGCAGCUCCAAUCGGCUGGACCAGGCCAUGCAGGUGACGGAGACCCUGGGCAUGACGCACUGCUGCAUCAACCCCAUCAUCUACGCCUUCGUCGGGGAGAAGUUCAGAAGCCACCUGUCGGCCUUCUUCCGCAAGCACAUCGCCCGCCGCCUCUGCAAACGCUGCCCCGUCUUCCAGGGGGAGGCCCCUGAGCGCGGGGGGUCCGUCUACACGCGCUCCACGGGGGAGCAGGACAUCUCUGUUGGCUUGUGA